AUGUGGCUUCUGCUCACCCUCUCCUCCUUCCUGCUGAUCUCCACAGCAACCCAGGACAGCGACAAGGUGCGGGAAGGCGAAGAGUGUGUGUCCCACACGCAGCCGUGGCAAGUGGUCCUCUACGAGCAUAGCCGCUUCAACUGCGGGGCUCCCCUCAUCUCCCCACACUGGGUGCUGACAGCUGCCCACUGCCGGACCCGCUUCAUGAAGGCGCGCCUGGGGGAGCACAAUCUGCGCAAGCGCGACGGCCCCGAGCAGCUGCGGGCCGUCUCUCGCAGCAUCCCACAUCCACACUACGAGGCGCGUAGCCACCGCCAUGACGUCAUGCCGCUCCGGUUAGCUCGGCCCGCACGUCUGACGCCUCAGGUGCGACCUGUGGCUCUGCCUACGCAUUGCCCCCUGCCUGGUGAGCCCUGCGUGGUGUCCGGCUGGGGCCUGGUGUCAGACAACAAGCCGGGGGCCACAGGAAGCCCCGAGUCACAAGUGACUGUGCCCGACACCCUGCACUGUGCCAACAUCCGUAUUAUCUGCCAAGCGUCUUGUAGCAAGGGCUACCCAGGACACCUGAUGGACACCAUGGUGUGCAAGGCAGAGGGUGGAGGCACGGACUCCUGGGAGGGUGACUCCGGGGGACCCUUGAUCUGUGGAGGUGCCCUGUGGGGCAUUGUGUCCUGGGGUGACGCUCCUUGUGACACUACUACCAAGGCUGGCAUCCAUACCAAAGUAUGCCGCUACCUGCAGUGGAUCAGGGACACCAUGAAGAGGAACUAA